ACCGCAAGGUUCAGAUCUAUCACAAGGGUUUCUCCAGAGGGCGUCUUGAUAAACGCCUUCGUUUCUAAGAGGAAGCCUCUCUCAGUUUCUUUUCCUUUACUAUAUUCCUUCGUUUUAUAGGUUUUUCUUCACUUUCCAGCGAAAAUGAGAGAGUGCAUCUCAAUCCACAUUGGUCAGGCCGGUAUUCAGGUCGGCAAUGCCUGCUGGGAGCUUUACUGUCUUGAGCACGGCAUCCAGCCUGAUGGCCAAAUGCCAGGUGACAAGACUGUUGGUGGGGGUGAUGAUGCAUUCAACACCUUUUUCAGCGAAACUGGUGCUGGGAAGCAUGUCCCUCGAGCUGUCUUUGUUGAUCUUGAGCCCACUGUCAUUGAUGAAGUCAGGACUGGAACCUACCGCCAGCUCUUCCACCCAGAACAGCUAAUCAGUGGCAAGGAGGAUGCUGCCAACAACUUUGCCCGUGGCCACUAUACCAUUGGCAAGGAGAUUGUUGAUCUGUGCUUGGACCGUAUUAGAAAGCUUGCUGACAACUGCACUGGCCUCCAAGGAUUCCUAGUAUUCAAUGCUGUUGGUGGAGGCACUGGUUCUGGGCUUGGCUCCCUUCUCUUGGAGCGAUUGUCCGUUGACUAUGGCAAGAAAUCAAAGCUGGGUUUCACAGUCUACCCUUCUCCCCAGGUCUCCACGUCUGUUGUUGAGCCGUACAACAGCGUCCUCUCAACGCACUCUCUCCUGGAGCACACUGAUGUGGCUGUACUUUUGGACAAUGAGGCCAUCUAUGAUAUUUGUAGGCGUUCCCUUGAUAUUGAGAGACCCACCUACACCAACCUCAACCGGCUUGUCUCUCAGGUGAUCUCAUCUUUGACUGCCUCUCUAAGGUUUGAUGGCGCGCUGAAUGUAGAUGUGACUGAAUUUCAGACCAACUUGGUCCCAUACCCCAGAAUCCACUUCAUGCUUUCUUCUUAUGCACCAGUCAUUUCUGCUGAGAAAGCAUAUCACGAACAGCUCUCAGUGGCUGAAAUCACCAACAGUGCUUUUGAGCCCUCAUCCAUGAUGGCCAAGUGUGAUCCUCGCCAUGGCAAGUACAUGGCAUGCUGCCUCAUGUACCGUGGUGAUGUUGUGCCUAAGGAUGUCAACGCUGCUGUUGCUACCAUAAAGACCAAGCGGACCAUUCAGUUUGUUGACUGGUGCCCCACUGGAUUUAAGUGCGGUAUUAACUACCAGCCUCCCACUGUUGUUCCUGGAGGUGAUCUUGCCAAGGUGCAGAGGGCUGUUUGCAUGAUCUCGAACUCGACCAGUGUGGCUGAGGUGUUUUCCCGCAUUGACCACAAGUUUGACCUCAUGUAUGCCAAACGUGCCUUUGUACACUGGUAUGUGGGUGAAGGUAUGGAGGAAGGAGAAUUCUCUGAAGCUCGUGAGGAUCUUGCUGCUCUCGAGAAGGAUUAUGAGGAAGUUGGUGCUGAGUCAGCUGAAGGCGAGGAUGAUGAAGGCGAGGAGUACUAAGUUGCUCUGGGUGGUUCAUUUCCGUGAGGUUUUGGAGAAUGAUGUUUUAUCUAUUUACAGUGCCUUGUGUGAUGCUUUGUGUGGGUGCAACUAAACUCAGUUCCUUGUAUUAAUCUCAACCCAGAUUGUGAAAUGCUAUUACUAUUGGUACUUGGUAAUUGUUACGCUCGACUGUUGAAUCGUAUGGAAUGAUAUGGAGUUGGUUGAUCCUAAAA